AACAACUGGGACCACAAGAUGACAUUUUUUAGGUUGAACAGGUUACAGUUAUCAAACUCUUCCAAGCUAUUGUUAGCCACAUACUCUUCUCUCAUCUGUGCUUUCUGCUCUUCUUUUCUGGUUACUGCUUAAGCAAAUCAGCUCUUGCAGAACAUCUUCAAUCCAGGAAAAAAUGGUUCGAUCAAAUGAUCCAUUUUGGAAUGAUGUUGAAGAUAUGAAUAAUGGUGGCAUGAAGUGUAAAUUUUGUGGGCAUUUAUUUUCCGAGAAUACUUCCAUUUCGAGGAUCAAAUGGCAUUUGUCAGGAGUGAAAGGGUGGGGUGUUAAAAUAUGUGAGAAAGUUCCUGAAGAAGUUCAAAAUGUAGUCCGUGCAGCAAUGGAUGGCCCUCCAGAAAAAAAACUUAAAACCGUAGCAGGCUCAAGCAAUAACAAGGUCACUAUUGCAGUUUUAGCUUCUGCCCAAGAACAAAACAAUGAUGAAGUGAUGGCACAAGAAGGAGAUGCUCUUUUCGUUGGAGAGCGCGAACAUUGGCUGAGUAGCUUCACUGAUGAAGACAUUGAGCUUCUGAGAGGUAUCUUUCAUGAGAGAACAUCAAUUAAUCAAGCUGAUGAGCCUCGAGGAGAUCCAUCCCAGCCAACAGAUCCAUUGUGUCUUGACCAUGGAAGAUAUUAUGAUCGACCCCGUGCUCCAUUAGUAAACAAUGAUGUAAUUCUGAAUCUUGUGGAGGACAUGGUUAGAGUGAGGACAGAACCAGUGGAGGAGAAGGAAGAGAAGAAGGAUGUGGAGAAGAAUAGUGGAAGAUUAGUGCAGCCUGGCGCAGCAGCUAGCUCUUCUGGAGGGUUUGCAAGCAACACAAAUGAGAUUAAAGGAGAUGCACUACCAACGAGAAAGCUGGUGGGUCAAGCAUUCGAAGACCACAAGAAGACUAUCUGGUCUUGGUUAAUGCAUGAUAAAGUUUCAAGAAUUAGCAUCUAUGGGAUGGGCGGAGUGGGUAAGACGACGUUGGUGACACACAUAUAUAAUCAGCUUCUAGAAAGACCAGACACUUUCAAUCAUGUUUUCUGGAUUACUGUUUCACAAGAUACCAGCAUAAACAGUUUGCAGAAAAGUUUCGCAAGAUGUAUUGGUUUAGAUCUUUCUAAUGAAGAUGAGGAGCUGCACAGAGCGGUCAUAUUGAGAAAAGAAUUAAUGAAGAAAAAGAAAUGGGUUUUGAUUUUAGAUGAUCUGUGGAAGGCUUUUGACUUACAAAAGCUGGGAAUUCCUGACCAAGUUAAGGGAUGCAAGUUGAUUAUUACAACUCGAUCAGGAAGAAUUUGUCAACAGAUGAAAACCCAACACACAAUCAAAGUGCAGCCUAUUUUGAAGGAAGAAGCUUGGAUUUUGUUUAUUGAGAGGCUUGGAAAUGACAUAGCACUUUCUCCAGAAGUGGAACGAAUUGCAGUAGAUGUUGCAAGGGAAUGUGCCGGUUUGCCAUUGGGAAUUAUUACAAUGGCAGGAAGCAUGAGGGGAGUGGAUGACCUACAUGAGUGGAGAAAUACAUUGAAGAAAUUGAAAGAAUCAAAAUUUAGAGACAUGGAAGAUGAGGUAUUCCAGUUGUUGAGGUUGAGUUAUGAUCGGCUAGAAAAUGAUUUAGCACUACAACAAUGUCUCUUGUAUUGUGCAUUAUAUCCUGAAGAUCAUAAGAUUGAAAGGGAGGAGUUGAUAUGUUAUUUGAUUGAUGAGGGAAUAGUUGAAGGAACGAGUAGCAGACAAGCAGCAUUUGACGAGGGCCACACGAUGCUUAAUAAACUUGAAAAUGUUUGUUUACUGGAAAGUUGUUUUGAUCGUUAUCAUCAUAGAUGUGUCAAGAUGCACGACUUGAUUAGGGACAUGGCCCUCCAAAUACUCCAAAUGAACUCUCCAGUUAUGGUCAGGGAAUAUGAGGAAGAAAUACCAGAUGUGGAUAUGUGGAAAGAAGAUCUAGUGAGAGUCUCUUUGAAGGAUUGUUAUUUCAAGGAAAUUCCAUCCAGCCAUUCACCAAGGUGUCCCAAUCUGUCAACUCUGUUGUUACGCAAUAAUGAAGGGUUGGAAUUUAUUGCAGCUUCUUUUUUUGAGCAAUUGCACGGACUCAAGGUUCUUAAUCUGUCUCAUACAAAUAUCAUAAAUUUGCCUGAUUCUGUUUCUGAAUUGGUGAGUCUUACUGCAUUAUUGCUCAAAGGGUGUGUGAACUUAAGGCUUGUACCAUCAUUAAAAAAGCUCAAGGCACUGAAGAGGUUAGACCUCUCUCGUACUGCACUUGAAAAGAUGCCUCAAGGCAUGGAAUGUGUAUCCAACCUGAGAUAUCUUAGGAUGAAUGGAUUUGGGGAAAAGGAGUUUCCUAAUGGGAUAUUACCUAAACUCUCUCACCUACAAGUCUUUGUAUUAGAGGAUGCGUUUCUUACUUGUCCGAUAAUAGUCAAAGGAAAGGAAGUAGGAUGCUUGAAGGAGUUGGAAACUGUGGUAUGCCAUUUUGAAGGUCAAUCUGACUUUGUGGAGUAUCUUAAUUCUCGGGACAAGACCCAAUCACUAAGCACAUACCAAAUCUUUGUAGGACUGCUGGAUGAAGAUGAUUAUAGUAGAAUGAUGGAUGAUUAUCACACAAGUAAAACAAUUGCCUUGUGUAAUUUGAGUAUCAAUAGGGAUGGAGAUUUUCAGGUCAUGUUCCCAAAUGACAUUCAAGAACUGGUUAUUUAUAAAUGUUCAUGUGAUGUUUCCUCUCUAAUAAAGUAUGCAACUGAUCUGGAGGUUAUCAAGAUAUGGGAUAGCAAUAGCAUCGAGAGCUUGGUUUCAUCUUCUUGGUUCUGCUCUGCUCCCUUACCAUUGCCAUCUUAUAAUGGUAUAUUUUCUGGUCUUAAAGAGUUUAAUUGCUAUGGAUGUAGAAGUAUGAAGAAGUUGUUCCCUAUUCUCUUGCUACCAUACCUCGUAAACUUGAAAGUGAUUAGAGUUUUUUAUUGUGAGAAGAUGGAGGAGAUAGUAGGGACAAGAUCAGAAGAAGAAGCGGUUAUGGUUGAAGAAAGCAGCAGUAGCAGCACCGAAUUCAAACUCCCAAAGUUAAGAAAUCUGGAAUUGAGGGGAUUACCAGAACUGAAAAGCAUUUGUAGUGCAAAACUGGUCUGUGAUUCUCUCCAACAUAUUUGGAUAGCAAAUUGUCAGAAGUUGAAGAGAAUGCCAAUUUGUCUUCCGUUGCUUGAAAAUGGCCAGCCAUCUGCUCUCCCUUCUCUUCAAAAUAUCUUUAUAUAUCCAAGAGAAUGGUGGGAGUCUGUAGUGGAGUGGGAUCAUCCUAAUGCUAAGAACGUCCUUCGUCCCUUCGUAAAGUUUUUAUAGGAGACGAACUCUGCUCUAUGCCUUUCAUAUAAUAUAAUAUUGAAUUACAGCCUUAUUGUCUGCAUUAAGUUUGAUCCACAAGGAAGCAAAAGAAUGGUGCGAAUCAGUAGUGGAGUGGGAGCGUCCUGAUGCUAAGGAUGUCCUUCAUGGCCUUGCAUGGUUGUGGGACAUCAUUAAGGUAGAUCCCUUACGGCUUGGAGGAUGGUAAAGGAUGACAAGCCUCUUAUUUAUGAAUGAAUAAGGGUAGGAAAGAAAGCAUAUUCUGAAUCACUCUUGCGCUGUUUCAGUUAUGUCCUCUGUUCUGCUUAUGGUGAUAGAGAGGCUGCUAAGUUGAUAAGGACUAUCGUUGGUGUUUUUCAGGCUUGUGAUUCACUUGGUCUCAUGCAUAGAGAGGGCAACCAUCUCCUCCCACUUCUCUUAGAAGAACGAAAAUAAAACCAAAAUAAUGGUUGGAGUCAGUGGUGGAGUGGGAGAAUCCUAAUGCCAAGGAUGUCCUGAGUUCCUUUGUCGAGUUUUGGUGCGCUCUCCGCAGCUAAGACAACUGAUGAGUAAAUAUUCUCAUCUUCAUGCUUAGCCGCAACAAUGUAUCCUGCGCAAUAUGAUUCUGCAGUAUCCCCUUCAUUCCUUCAAAUCAUUACAUUCCGAGAAAAAAAUAUCAAAUAUCUGAUAUGUGCCAAGUGAGUGGCUCUUUGUUCUGUUGCUGAACAUCUUACAUGAACACUGGCAACCAUGCUUUUUUUGGAUAAUCAUCAAAAGUAUAUUGAAAAGACCAUAGCCAAAGCAAAAUACAUGAACACCGGCAACCAUGCUCUUCUUCCAGUUCACUUACAUGAUUGUUUCCCUUGGUUCCACUUUAGCCCCGGUCUGUGCAUAGUAAUGGAUGCUUGGUGAUUAUUGAACUGAUAGUGAUAUGGCUGGCUUGGUUUGGUUCUAAGUACUACUCUAGUUGUCUUCAUUUUAUUGGCGGCGCGAUGAUUUUAGCAAUUAGUACUUGCGGUUGGGGAGGAGGAGGGAAAUGCGUUUUGAUGUAUGGUUUUUUGUCAAGCCUGUCUUUUAGCUUGUUUUUCUUGGACACACUUUCUUAUGCACAUACAAGGCUGUCUUCCAUUUUAGUUGUGCUCACACAUUCAUGGUCAUAUAUGGUCAUGAUGGCUUCGAUCAAUAUCAUCUCCCAAUAAAAACUUGACUUCUAGUUCACAUCUUCUGGUUUCUUUAGUUGCUGUAAUGGCUUUGAGCCUAUGUACAAUGGUUAUGAAGCUGCAUACUUCUCACCAAAACCCCUAAGAUAUCCCAUAUUCUGGUCCCCAUGAUGUUUAAGAAAUCUCGUGUCUUGAGGCUUCCAUCUUUUCUUCUCUGUUUUCGUGUUUGUUGGCAUCUGGGCAUUGUUUAAAUAUCAAAGUGUCCUUACUUCUUCUUUUUCAAAAUAUUGUGGUUAAAACAUGUAUAGUGUAUUGUGAUUAUACAAAUACUAUCUAAUUAUCAAAUUAUUAUUAUUAUUAUUA